AAUUCAGAGUCCACCUAUCACAUCUAGAGCUAAGGACAUGGAGGCUUCGACAGGUAUCCCAGAAGAAAUGACUGAACCUAAUAAUUCAGGUGACGAUGACAAUGAGUGGGACUGUGCCGAGGAGAAGCCUAUACAUGGUGCUAACGAUGACUAUGGCUCGUGCUGGGACUCUGUGACAAAAGUCGGGCUCGUUAUUAUAGGAAUAUUCCUCUUCAUAGUUGUUUUCUGGUCGGCUUGUCUGUCACGAAUCAUCAUUCACAUCAUGAUAGGGAAGCUGAACCCGCCCCAAACCAACAACAGCUUCACACUGAACAAAUUGGGAGGAGUCUUACAAAUACAGGCUGAUAGGAUGAGACUUAAUGUUUGUGGCAGCAAUGCCAACGGUUGCAUAAGAGGUCAAGUUCUGAGGAAGGGACUCCCGGAGUCGUGGGAGUGUCAUAAUGAGACUGGUACUUCCUGUUUGUUGUGGGAGGAGACCCCCUCUGUUAACGUAGGCUGGAUUUGGGGUCUUCUAAUCAUCAUGUCUGUACCAUACUUAUACACUAUGACCUUGUCUCUAUGGAAAUCAUGUUUCAAGAAAAACAAAGUAGAUAAAUUUGACCUGAAAGUAUUUUUAUUGAGUUUGAUAAUAGAAAUAAUCCAUUCAACUGGUCUUUGUGUCUUGGUGUUUCUUGUGAUGCCAGCUUUCGACCCAGUGUCUGCCUCUGUUCUUCCGUUCUUUGUAUGUUUUAUUCCUGUUCUCUUAAGUGUCAAGUUCCAAGUUAAACAAGAGGAAAACACAAAAAUGAAAAAGAACAGAAGCAGACAAUUAAACUCAACAAUGAAUGGCAAGGUGAAAACAAUAAACGUUCGGGAGGCCCCAGAUGCCGCGAAAGAUAAUCGCUUCAUGUAUGAUAUAAUCCCUUUCAUUGGAGCUGUCAUCUUUAUUAUGGGGAUUGGAUUUCUAAUUUUAUAUGUAUACUAUAAUUCGGAAAAGGAUAACUUUGUAACAACUCUUGUUUUGCUGCUGGUAUCAAUCAUCAUGGUGUCCGUCAUUUGGUGGGAAAACUUUGUAACAUCAAACAUUACAAAAAAGCUAGAAGACGUAAAACAACAAGAAUCUUUUUUGAUGAACUAUGUAAAAUCUAAACGAGACACCGUGUCUAUCCUGACCUACUUUCUAAAGAUCGGUUGGACAUUCCUUACCACUUUAAUCAUCUACGUAAUUCAAUCCAAAGAAAGCACUCUGGCUACAGCAAGAACUUUACUGUAUUUGGACGAUGCGGCAACAGUGUAUACUUUUAGUGGGAGCAUCCGCUUAGAAUCCAGGUCAUACAUAACGUACGGGUGCAUGACCUUUAACCCUUAUCUUAUGACAGUAGUGUGUUUCAUUCUCACUUUUGUAUUUUUCAAAGCCUCGCGUUUUGCGUGUCGGAUCGUUUUACAAAGGAGAUCUUUUGCCCCUCCUAUUGCUCUGAAUCUCUUGCUGGUGCCCUUCAUGUUUGUUAUACUUAUGAAGUACCCGUUAUCCUUUACGGUGGAGGGGUGUAGCGUUCUACAGCCUUUGUGGGAGCUGGACUAUGGUAAUUCUGUGGAGCGUUUAUGGCCACUGAUUGUUUCCGGUUUUCUUGGUUUAGUCUCCCUGGCUAUUUUGACAUUGUAUGUUUGGUCAACCGACGGAGCAAAAAUGGAGAAAGUAGAGAGAUUAUUUAUGAAACCUGCAUACUGUGGAGUAUUCCUUGACUUGUUUCUGUUGCUAUCAAGGCGAAGAUAUCUAUUUGAUGUUGACUAUGGUAGAGAGAGAAAGGCAGACGAUAAACCGAAAGAAGUGUAUUCUCCAUUGGUCUAUUUCUGUGCAACGAUGUGGCAUGAAACAGAAAACGAAAUGACGCAACUUCUUAAAUCUAUAUUCAGGGUUGAUAUGGACCAAUGCUGGAAACGUCAAGUCCAGGCGAUGCGACAACAACAUGUAAGAAGUUUCUACGACGAGGAUAUUUAUGAUUUUGAAGUUCACGUUUUCUUUGACGAUGCUUUCAAACCUCGGAAAGUGAACGGGAAGCUUCGAAAUGGAAGGAAAGUGAACGAUUUUGUAAAGCUUCUUGAAGAAUGUGUCCCGAAAACAGCUAAAUCCAUAUAUGGAAAUUAUGAGCUCGAACCUGUCAGAAAGUUUGAGACCCCCUACGGUAUGAAGUAUGAAUGGAUGCUCCUUACCGAAGAUGCUAAAUUAAUCGUACACCUUAAAGAUAAGAUGAGAAUAAGACAUAGAAAGAGAUGGAGUCAGGUGAUGUACAUGUACUAUUUACUGUCCUUUGAGUUAAAUAAGAUGAGACCAAGACUAGAGGGUAAAUGUAAGGAGCUUUCAAAAAGUAUGAAAGAAAUGGUCCACAAUCUCUCGGAGAACACCUUCAUUCUUGCGCUGGAUGGUGAUGUCGAUUUCAAACCGGAAGCAGUGACGCUGUUGUUAGACCGAAUGAGAAAAAAUGCAGAUGUUGGGGCGGCUUGUGGAAGAAUACAUCCCAUUGGAUCGGGGCCAAUGGUGUGGUACCAGAAGUUUGAAUACGCCGUCAGUCAUUGGUUGCAGAAAGCAACAGAACAUGUGAUUGGUUGUGUGCUUUGCUCACCCGGAUGUUUCAGCCUCUUUCGUGGGUCUGCCGUUUUAGCGGAUAAUGUCAUGAAAACGUAUACCAGAACGGCAACAGAGGCUAAGGAGCAUAUACAAUAUGAUCAAGGCGAAGAUAGAUGGCUAUGCACACUUAUGCUUAAGGAGGGAUUCCGAGUAGAAUACUGUGCAGCUUCUGAUGCAUUGACCUUUGCACCGGAAGGAUUUUACGAAUUUUAUAAGCAAAGGCGACGAUGGGCUCCGUCAACCAUGGCAAAUAUUCUAGAUUUGCUUCUAGACUGGAGAUAUGUGAAGAAAAAUAAUGACAGCAUUUCAAUGCUAUAUAUCAUUUACCAUAUUUUCCUUUUUGUGUCUUCAAUUUUGACCCCCGGUACUAUUUUCCUUCUUAUCUUGGGCGCCAUUAUAACAGCUUUUCCCUCCAUAGAACCGUGGUUGGCAUUGGUUCUGAACUUGGUUCCUGUUAUUGUUUUAACGUUGUCCAUCUUCUUAGCUAAGGAAGAUACACAGCUCACGUUGGCAGGGAUCAUUUCCACGAUAUACAGCCUCGUCAUGAUGGUGGUAUUAAUCGGUUUGAUAAAAGAGGGCGUGGAAUCACAGUUUUGUUCUGUCACCACGGUCUUUUUCUGUUUUGUGGCAGGGGUAUUCGUCGUUGCUGCUUUAAUACAUCCUCAGGAAUUUACGUGCAUAUUCCAUGGACUGUUAUACUUUCUGGCGGUACCUUCUAUGUCAAUGCUUCUGAUUCUUUACUCUCUCGGAAAUAUGCACAAUAUUAAUUGGGGAACUAGAGAAAACAAGACGGCCUCAGGUCAGGACGAGGUUAUUCGAAAGAAAAAUAAAUUGGAAGGUCAGACAUGUUCUAUUGGAGACUGGUGUCGCUGUAUGCUCUGCGUUCGAGAGAUUGAAGACCAAAGUCUGGUGGAGACAAAGAAUGAAGCACCCAAAGACACACUGGAUACAUCAGAUAAAAACAAAGUAGACACAACGCAAACCCAAACGGUUGGUGUUCAGAAAAAGUCUUCAGCCGAAAAGAAACCUACCCCCGUAGCUACACCGAAAGUAGAAGAUAAAACAAAGCACGGUGAUUUCAAGAACUGUGAGGAUAUUUCAGAAGAGGAAAGAAAAUUCUGGAAGGGUUUGAUAAAAAAGUAUUUAAAACCAACCGAUAUAAAUCCGGAGGAACAACAGAGGGUUCAGGAGGACUUACUCGAACUGAGAAAUAAGGUUUUCUUCUUUGUUUUUAUACUGAAUGCUUUAUUUGUAACGAUCGUCUAUGUGCUUACACAAGUCAAUGCCUACCAGGGGACACUCCAGAUUCCUCUUCCCUGUAAUGUGGCAGGAGGCGAACAGGGAGUCAUAGAACCCAUCUCUAUAGCCUUCACAGUGACCUUUGGUCUAUUACUACUUAUCCAGUUCUUCGGGAUGAUUUACCACAGAGUGUCGACUCUGACUCAUAUAAUCGCAUCAACCAGGCUAGAAAAACAGACACAAAUUAAAAGACCGACGUUUGGUGGAGAAGUGGGAAGGGAGCUGUCAACAGCGAUAGAUGGGGAUCUAGAAAGUACGGAAUCAACGAGUAAGGAACCAGAAAAGUUCGGCGGUGGAGCUAGGAAAGGCUGGGGAAAGUUAAGGGCAAGCGUGCAGGUCAGCUCUGCUCUACGAGCAAUAUCUGGAGAGAGAAGGAAAAAGCCAGAGGCUUUGGAAAAACUAAGGAAAGUGAUAAAAGCAGCAACAAAAAAGCCUAUGAAUUCCCUACAAGAUGAGGGAGAUGAUGACAUUUUUAGUAGGUAUCCCAAUACACCUGUGGUUAUACAGAGCAUCAGAAGCCUUCGGAAGGAAGAGGAUGAAAAGCCAAGCACUUCAAAUGUGUAACAAAGAG